GUUUGAGGUGACUCAAUGGCCGAGUGGUGGACGAGGUUAAGAUGUUUUCUAAGGGGAACACCGUCAUGGCAGCCUCCCCUGGAGUAUUCGGGAUCUUCCGAAGGAAUCCCUCUGAUCAGCCAUGAGGAUCAUGGAAGUGUUAAGAAAGUAACAGUCACCAUGGGCAUGGACGGGACUUUAGAGAUUGACAAGGAAUCGGGGAAGCCCGUCCGUAAGGGCAUGUACUGCAGCCAUGCACAGAUGCUAUUUGUCUUCAUCACGGCUUGUAUCAUCAUCACUGGCGUGGGGCUCUUGGCUUACUACGUACCAGACAGGUGCGCGGAUAUCACUGAGGCUACCCCAGCACCUGCUGUUGGACAGAGUAGAGCAGACGCCCCUCGUGGGGAGGAGGAGAGCCCCAGUCUGUCCGAAGAGACCAACGGCGGGGAGGUUCAGGUGGUACGACAGAAGGCUGAGGACUGGAAGGGUCGGCUACCCUUGGACGUCAUCCCUAAGCGGUACAACGUGCUGCUGCAGCCAUUCAUCACGACCGAUGAUGCCCAGGACUCUCUAAUGGGCAGGAACUUCACCUUUGACGGGUUGGUGACCAUCAAGGUGGAGUGUAACAAACCCACCAAGACCAUCACCCUGCACACUCUGGAGUUGACCCUCCACGAACCCCCUAAGGUUACAUCCCUGAGAGACGGCGUGGACGCAAAGGACCUCUUCGAGAGCUACGAGUUCGACAAAGAGUACGACUUCCUCGUGAUCACGCUGAAAGAAAGUCUGAUGAGGGGGCAGGAUUACGAGAUCAAGGUGAACUACUCAGGCGAGCUGAACGACAAACUUGCUGGGUGGUACCGGAGCAGUUACAUCACAGCUGACGGGGAAGAACGAUGGAUCGCAACAUCCCAGAUGCAGCCCACGGAUGCAAGGCGGGCGCUGCCUUGCUUCGACGAGCCAGCCUUCAAAGCCGUCUUCGACGUGGAGAUCACCCACCGCCCCACAAUGACCGCGCUGGCCAACGGCAUCGAGCGACCGGGGGAGAUCAAGCUGCCCGUGGGGACGGACGGUCGCUGGGUGGUGACACGGUUCAAGCGAGUCCGGGAAAUGUCCACUUACCUGCUGGCUUUCGUAGUCUGUGAUUUCAAGUACACGAACGCCACCACCGAGAACGGAAUCCUGUUCAGGGUGUGGUCACGCCCCGACGCUGUGGAGAACACCAAAUACGCACUGGACGUCGGCACUAAAAUCCUGACAUAUUUCGAAGACUACUUUGACUUCGCUUAUCCCCUGGAAAAACAAGACAUGGUGGCCGUCCCUGAUUUCAGCGCAGGUGCUAUGGAGAACUGGGGCUUGAUCCUCUACCGUGAGACUGCACUCCUGUACGAUCCCGAGCUGAAUUCAGCAAGUAACAAACAACGCGUGGCAGUGGUCGUAUCUCACGAACUAGCUCACCAGUGGUUUGGAAACCUCGUCACCCCGGAGUGGUGGGAUGAUCUUUGGCUGAAUGAAGGAUUUGCAACCUACGUGGAGUAUCUAGGAGUCGCCGAGGUCGAACCAACCUGGCAAAUGAAAUUGCAAUUCUUGGUUGAGGACCUGCAGCCCGUCUUCACUGAGGAUGCCCUGGGUACGUCUCAUCCCGUCAAGGUACCCGUCGGAGCGCCCUCGGAAAUCAACGAAAUUUUCGAUUCAAUCUCUUACCAAAAGGGAGGCUCGAUCAUCCGCAUGUUGGACAAUAUCCUGACUGAGGAGGUGUUCAAGAUGGGUCUCAAUUACUACCUCUUCGAACGAUUCUACGGUAACGCCAACUCGGACGACCUGUGGACUGUACUCACCUAUGCCGAUAAAGGUAUAGGUGACAACGACGUGAAGAAGAUCAUGGAUACCUGGACACUACAGAUGGGCUACCCUUACGUGACUUUUCAAAGAAACGGAGCCAUGCUUACAGCUACGCAGAGGCAUUUCUUGAACAACCCUAACAGUACAGUGGAGGACGGGAAUUUCGGAAACCAAGGCUACCUGUGGUAUGUUUACUUACUUUACACGCACGAAACAGAACAGGAAUAUACGAACCCCAUGACUCAGUGGAUGAACAAAGAGAGAACAGUUGAAUUCAGCUUGGGGAGCACAUACGAAGAAGACGACUGGUAUCUAGUCAAUGUGAAGCAAUAUGGCUACUACAGAGUCAACUACGACACAGAGAACUGGCAAAGACUCAGUGAUCAACUCGAGGCAAAACACGAGGUGAUUCCAAUCGAAAACAGAGCAGCACUUAUUGACGACGCAUUCAACCUCGCCAGAGCGGGUGUAAUCGAGCAGACGACUGCGUUAAGUCUAACUAAAUACCUGACGAAAGAGAAGCAGUACUUACCGUGGGAAUCCACAUUGGUUGUUAUCUCGUACAUCCGGGACAUGUUCAGCCGUUACUCUGGUUACGGACCUCUUGAGAAAUACAUGUUGAAACAAAUCAAGCCGCUUUAUGAUGACCUGGGAUGGAACGACAACAUCACUGCUCCAGACAACUCUCACCUGACUCAGUACAACCGCAUCAACGCCCUGGGAACAGCGUGUCGCUACGGCCUCAAGGAUUGUGUCAUGGAGGCUUCAAGAUUGUAUAAGGUGUACAUGGACAACCCCUCCGUUAAUCCAAUUACGCCGAACCUGAAGUCAGUGGUUUACUGCAACGGCAUCCGUUACGGCGGGCAGGACGAGUGGGAGUUUGGCUGGGGAAGAUACGGCAACACCAGCGACUCGUCCGAGAAAACGAAGUGGCUGAGUGCAUUGGCGUGUAGCACAGAACCCUGGAUUCUAAGCAGAUUCUUGGAGUAUUCUACCACCAAGAUCCCGCAAGGCGAUACCAUUAACGUCAUCCGCUACAUCGCCUACAACUACGUGGGUCGCGCCCUCGCCUGGGACUUCGUCAGAGCCAACUGGGACAAGCUCUACAACGAAUACAAUUUGGAUCAACGUUUCCCGGACAUUCUACGAGCUCUGGCGCAGCACUGCAAUACAGACUAUGAUAUCACAGAGAUACGCAGUUUCUACAAGAAGCAGAAGAAGGUCUCCUCCGUGAAGAAAGCAGUUGAUAUGAGCAUUGAUCGGACGCAGGCUAACAUCCGAUGGAUGAACGAGAACGCUGAGUCUGUUCGGAUAUGGUUCAUGAAUGCCAUGAAACAAGAUCGACAAUUCCGGACACAAGAAUGUGUAAACGAGAUUUCAGCUUCCUCCAUCAGAGCACUUUUGAAGGAUACCAACAUGGGGCGUAGCGAGUUCAACUUGGAAGAAGAGCCCGGUCGUAAAGGGAACGGUAUCUACUGCAGUCCGGCCGUUCUCGUCUUCACCGUUCUUACCGUGUGCGUGUUGAUUGCAGCCACAGCGCUCAUGACGUACUACAUCCCUCUGUCCCUCAAGGACGACGGCGUUGCAACCAAAGCACCUGCAGUCCAGUUACCAUCGACGACUAAAGCGAUGAUGGCCCCGACUGAUGCUCCAAUGGUCCCGACUGAUGCUCCAAUGGUCCCGACUGAUGCUCCAAUGGUCCCGACUGAUGCUCCAACUAAUAAGCCCAUGGCUACUGCCAAACCGACCACCAUGCCACCUUCGGCUCUCAUGCGAGGCCGGCUACCAAAGACGGUCCUGCCUCGCCGGUAUGAAGUCAACCUGCGACCGUUCCUAUAUGACGAUGAUGUUCCCGACUCCAAAAUGGGAGAGAGGUUCACCUUCGAUGGUUGGGUGCGGAUUAAAGUCGAAUGCAUCGAACCGACGGAUGAGAUUACUCUGCACUCCAAGAAUAUCACCGUCCAUGGCAUGCCUACCGUCCUUAGUGUCAGCACCCUAGACAAGACCGAUCUCUUCGAGAGCUAUAAGAUGGUGGAGGAAUACGCGUUCAUGAUCCUGAAGUUGAAACAAAUGAUGAAGCCACACCAGGAAUAUGACAUCUACAUGCAGCACUCAGGAAUUCUCGGGGAUGACGAAGCAGGAUUCUACCCUAGCAUGUAUCUGGAUUCCGUCAAUACUACAAGAUACAUCGCAACGACUCAGAUGGAAGGGCCGUUCGCACGACGCGUAUUUCCGUGUUUUGAUGAGCCUACCUUCAAAGCUUCCUACGACGUUCAACUGGAACAUCGUAACGAUAUGCAGGCGCUUUCUAACGGCAUUGAGACGAAGCACAUCCGACUGGAUGGACACUGGUCGAGGACUUACUUCGAACGAGUCCCGUCGGUGCCCACCUACCUGCUGGCUUUUAUAGUACAUGACUAUUCUUCCAUCAAUGUCACAAACGCCAAUGGAUGUUUGAUUCGCAUUUGGUGUCAGACGGAUCUUAUUCAGCUUGCUCCCUACGCCCUAAAUGUCUCGGAUCUGGUCCAGACAUAUUUCGACGAUUACCUGGACAACGAAUACCCACUGGCUAAACAAGAUCACAUAGCGAUCCAGGACUUCGGCGCGGGUGCAAUGGAGAACUGGGGCCUGAUCACCUACCAAGACAUAUACCUGCUCUACGGAAUGGAGGAUUUCGGAGACAACACGUUCUACUCCUUAAUCAUCACCCAUGAAUUGGCACAUAUGUGGUUCGGUAACCUAGUGACAAUGGAGUGGUGGGACGACCUGUGGCUUAACGAAGGCUUCGCAACCUACAUGGAACACAUAGGUGUUGAUCACGUGCACCCUGAAUUCAACACGUUUCAAACCUUCUACGUCGACACCAUCAAUAUAGCUCUAUUCUAUGAUAGUCUGGGUAUCUAUCCUGCUAUAAGGGCACCAGUCUACGCAGAUGAUGACGACAUAGACAAUCAAUUUACAACCAUUACGUACCAGAAGGGUGGAUCGCUGCUCUAUAUGAUGGAGCAUUUCCUGACAAUCGAGGUCUUUAAUCGAGGUGUAAAAAACUACCUGAAGGAACGUGCUUACAAAAAUGCCAACGCGGAGCAACUGUGGCAUGAACUAACUUACGCUGACAAGGAUGUUGGUAAACACGACGUGAAGAAGAUCAUGGAUACUUGGACCUUACAGCGUGGUUAUCCCUUGAUAACACUGACAAGAACAGGGAACAGCAUCGUGGCCACACAGAAGAUUUUCCUUCAGAUUAACAGAACCAUCGAGGAUGACGGAUUUGGAGACCUUGGGUAUAAAUGGUAUGUUCCUCUCACAUAUGUGUACAAGUCUGGACCCGGUGAUCAAUAUGAAAAACCGCAACAAGUUUGGAUGAAACCAUCAGACGAUUACACAUACUUCGAUCUACCGGACGAUGCUAAAGCUGACGACUGGUACCUGGCCAAUGCCAAUACAAUUGGUCUCUAUCGCGUCAACUACGAAGACGACAACUGGCAACGACUCUUGGAUCAAGCUGCAAUGGACCCCGACGUCUUCAGUGAGGAAAACAAGGUGGGUCUGAUCUACGACUCGUACUACCUGGCUCAGGCAGGGGUCGUCCCGAUGUCGUAUUAUGACAGCUUCUCUGAACCUUUCAGAAACAAUUCCAGACGAGCCAGACGAGCUGCUAUUUCAACUUCAUCCUAUUUUGCAAGGAUGUUGGACACUAAGACUAAGACCAACAUCAAAAGGCGCUCCGUCUCUUCUGUACAGACUUACAUGCAAAGUCUAGUAGAGCCACUGUAUAUGGAAUCUGGUUGGGAUGAGAGCUUUGUUCCGGAUUUACCAGCAGCAAGUGGUCGACGCGAACAGAGUAGCCGGUUUGACAUAACGUCGACGGCAUGUCGCUAUGGCAACAGACACUGCAUUACCAAGGCAACCGACAUGUUCAAGGAAUACAUGAAUGAUCCGACACAUAACACGAUUCCAGACAAUUUCAGAACGACUGUGUACUGCAAUGGCAUUCGUUUUGGAGGCGAAUCGGAGUGGGACUUUGCUUUCAAUAUGCUGCGAACAAGUCACGACCGCCGCGAGAGGGCACGAUGGGUUAGCGCCCUCACAUGUUCUGUGGACACUUCUCUUCUUCAAAGUUAUCUGCAGUUGAUGAUGGAUUCAACCACUUUUAGUCGGAGGGAUGUCGAGCUUAUCCUAAUGGGCGUGGCCGAAAAUCCCGAUGGGUACGCGGUGGCUUGGGACUUUUUGCGCGACAACUGGGAUGCAAUCAGUACCAUGUUCAAACGGAAGCGUCAGUCAUUGUGCGAUAUCUUUGAGGGCAUUACAUCAUUUUUCAACACCGAGGAACAACUUCAAGAGUUGCUAGAUUUUGGCCACGGCCGUAAUCUCCGUGCUCUGAAGUAUGCGUACAAGUCGGCCAUUGCUUCGACCCAGGUUAACAUCAGAUGGAUGGAAAACAGAGCUGCUGACGCUGAAGCGUUGGUCCGAUCUGCAAUCUAAACAGCGCCCUCAAGAACCAAAAAGUAUCAUUCAGCAUGAUUAAAGAUAACAACUGAAACAGCGAGAGCGAUAUCAAGCUUAAGUAAAACAGGGGACGUCUUCUAAUGCGUCUUCCAGUUAAGGAACACCACGUCUAACAAGAAAUGUACAUAAAAUUGCGAAGGAGCAACGAACAACAAACGUUAACCGAGUACUUCAGUGAUGAAAAAUUACAAACAAGUAUCCCUCAACUGGAAGAUGUACCAAAGAAACUAAACGGCGUGUGACUGAAAAUAUUUAUUCCUUAAAGCGAUCACAAAUUGUCGCUGUUUCAAUUAGUAUAACACAAUUUAGAUUAGUAGAAACGUACUCUAAUUGCUUGUAUUGAUAUUUGUAGCUUUUUAUAUGCUUUAGUACAGUAGGCCUAACAGAUCAAAUGUGUCUGUAUUGGGCGAAUGCAAAGUGCACUUCUACGUAUUAAAAUGUCAAACCGAAUUUUUAAGUCACGUGUGGUGUUUGUAUGAUCUAAUCAGUACUGUUGUGUUUUAAUAAUAUUGCUUUUUGUACAAUAAUGUAAUGUAACACAGUCAGCAAAUUUAGUUCAGAAUUACGCUAAUUUAAAACUUGCGUUUAUUUUACUAUGAGGUUUUAAAGGUUUUCUUGGGGCAAGAAAUCGAUAAAUAUUCACCAAUUUAAGCAAAUUUCUUGUGAGCAAUUUUAAUGAUUUUUUUCGAAUCAGCAAUAAAGUAGCAUUUCGGUUUUAUGUUUUUGCACAUUGUUUGUUAAUUUUAUUGCACAUUUAUAAGCUGUACAGAGAAUUACGUAGCUUACUUUAAAGAUGAAAACAAUUGAAUUAAACGAAUAAAGGUUGAUGAAUACAGCGAU